UUCAUACAUACACUGUUGUUAGCGACGUAGCCUCUCCGGGCAAUUUCAUUUUUUGACAUUUCCAUCCGCGACCACUUCUCGGAACUUCACUUUUCGUCACGGCCAGGUGAAUGCACGAGUAGCGGCUUACUGGUCGGGUUCCGGUACACUGGUGCGUCAAAUUGUUGCUGGUGGCAGUCCUGCGAGCUCCGUUGAGUAUGCGUGUACAAUGAAGAGGCGUGUGGAGGACCAGGAACCAAUAUUUGCGCCCCAGCAACAGCAAGCACGUCGCCCCCCAGUUCAAGGCAUUGCAGACAGCUUCCAGCACCGGGCCCUCGCCCCGGCCCCUACUGUGAUAGAGGCAGCUGCAGACAACAUGCAGCCAUCCACCGGCAUCCAGUAUUCUCUCCCCCAAGGCUACCAGGUGCCUACAAUGCCUCAGAGCACAAGUGGACAUGGACACGGACAUGGACAUAACAACGCUGCACCUCAUGUUGGUCCCCACGCACACAGCCUGGCAGUUCAGUCCCAGGGCCCUGCAGUGGUCCAAGGUCACGUUCACCCACCUGCACCCAUGACUUCAACCCAAGGACAGCAGUUUCAGCGACUGAAGGUUGAAGAUGCCUUGUCCUAUCUGGAUCAAGUGAAGCUGCAGUUUGGAAAUCAGCCACAAGUUUAUAAUGAUUUCCUUGAUAUUAUGAAAGAGUUCAAGUCACAGAGCAUAGACACGCCUGGAGUCAUCAACCGCGUGUCCCAGCUCUUCAAAGGCCAUCCGGACCUCAUCAUGGGUUUUAACACUUUCCUGCCACCCGGAUAUAAGAUUGAAGUUCAAACUAACGAUCUAGUCAACGUGACCACGCCGGGUCAGAUCCACUACAUCACCCCUCAUGGUAUUUCUGUUCAGAACAUCCCUGUUACUGGAGCGCCCAGCCAAGCUGCGAGCCACAACCAGCACCAGAGUCUGCCACAGGCUGGGCCGCACACCACUACCACCACCACCACCACCAACACCCCGCCCACCCCCACCCAACCUGCUCCAAGUAAAACCAGCAAGCCAAUUCAGUCUCCAGCCCACACACCCACCAGCCAGCCCAACCCAUCCAUCCCAUCCUACGCCUCACCGCGCUCACCUUCGGUUCAGUCCCACACUCCUGUGAGCAGCACGCCGUCCGGUGGGCCGCCUCUCCAGAACAACCAGCCAGUGGAGUUCAACCACGCUAUAAAUUAUGUCAACAAGAUCAAGAACCGCUUCCAGGGUCAGCCUGACAUCUACAAAGCCUUCCUGGAAAUCCUUCACACAUACCAGAAGGAACAACGAAAUGCUAAAGAAGCAGGAGGAAACUACACUCCAGCGCUGACUGAGCAGGAGGUCUACACUCAGGUGGCAAGACUCUUCAAGAACCAGGAGGACCUGCUCUCAGAGUUUGGACAGUUCCUUCCAGAUGCAAACAGCUCAAUGCUGCUUGGAAAGACCACACCAGACAGGGCAGAGUCAGUGCGCAAUGACCACGGCGGCACAGUGAAGAGACCCUUACUGAACAACAAGCAGAGACUGAGCCAGAACGGCCUGCCAAUCAGGAGGCCUGCUGGAGUGGGAGCGACACCACCUGUCAAGAAGAAGCCCAAAAUAUUGGGAAAGGACCAUGGCGUGACUGAAGUCGGCAAACACAGCACCAGCACUGAAACUAUGUUCUUUGAGAAGGUGAGGAAGGCUCUGCGGAGCUCUGAGGCGUAUGACAACUUCCUGCGGUGUCUUCACAUUUUCAACCAAGAAGUAAUCUCUCGUGCGGAGCUGGUCCAGUUAGUCAUACCGUUUCUGGGAAAAUUCCCAGAGCUUUUUACAUGGUUUAAAAACUUCCUGGGGUACCGAGAGUCGAGUCACGGGGAGUCGAGCCACGCAGAGAGUUUACCCAAAGAGCGUGCAACAGAGGGCAUCGCCAUGGAGAUUGACUACGCUUCCUGCAAGAGGCUGGGGUCCAGCUAUAGAGCACUGCCGAAGAGCUACCAGCAGCCCAAGUGCACAGGAAGGACGCCGUUGUGCAGAGAGGUUCUCAAUGACACGUGGGUGUCGUUUCCAUCAUGGUCUGAGGAUUCUACAUUUGUAAGCUCCAAGAAGACUCAAUAUGAGGAGCACAUUUAUAGAUGUGAGGAUGAGCGCUUUGAGCUGGACGUCGUGUUGGAAGCCAACCUCGCCACGAUACGAGCCCUGGAGACGGUGCAGCGGAGGCUGUCUCGCAUGUCAGCUGAGGAGCAGCUGCGUUUCAAGCUGGACAACACGAUGGGCGGCUCCUCAGAGGUCAUUCACCGCAAAGCUAUCCAGAGGAUAUAUGGAGACAAGGCCCACGACAUCAUCGACGGGCUCAAGAAAAACCCAGCUGUGUCUGUCCCCAUAGUGCUGAAAAGAUUAAAAAUGAAGGAGGAGGAGUGGAGAGAAGCACAGAGAGGCUUCAAUAAGAUCUGGCGGGAGCAGAAUGAAAAGUAUUACCUGAAGUCACUGGACCAUCAAGGCAUCAACUUCAAACAGAAUGACACCAAAGUGUUGCGUUCAAAGACCUUACUCAAUGAAAUUGAGAUGCUAUAUGAUGACCGCCAGGAGCGAGCAUCAGAUGAAACUGCCACACCGCCCCCGAGCGGCCCUCACAUGACCGUGACCUAUGAAGACAGCCAAAUCCUGGAGGAUGCUGCUGCCCUCAUCAUCCACCAUGUCAAAAGACAGGUGGGCAUCCAGAAAGAAGACAAGUACAAGAUCAAACAGAUCAUCCACCACUUCAUCCCUGACCUGCUGUUUGCACGGCGAGGUGAGCUCUCUGAUGUGGAGGAGGAGGAAGAAGAGGAGGAAGAAGCCAUGGAGAUGGAUCCAGAUGGCCCCAAGAAGCACAAUGGCCUGCCAGGCAGCAGCCCAUCGAAGUCCAAGCUCCUCUUCAGCAACACUGCAGCACAGAAGCUGCGGGGCACGGACGAUGCCUAUAACAUGCUCUACGUGAACAACUACUGGUACAUCUUCCUCCGUCUUCACCACAUCCUCUGCUCUCGUUUACUGCGGAUCUACGGGCAGGCCGAGAAGCAGAUUGAGGAGGAUGCCCGUGAGCGAGAGUGGGAGAGAGAAGUGUUGGGGCUCAAGAGGGAGAAAAAUGAAAAUCCAGCGAUCCAGUUGAAGAUGAAGGAGCCAAUGGAUGUUGAUGUCGAGGACUAUUACUCAGUGUUUCUGGAAAUGGUGCGUAAUCUUUUGGAUGGGAACAUGGAGCCGGCUCAGUACGAGGACUCCCUGAGGGAAAUGUUCACUAUCCAUGCCUACAUUGCCUUCACCAUGGACAAACUCAUUCAGAGCAUCGUCCGGCAGCUCCAGCACCUCGUCACCGAUGAUGUAUGUGCGCGCGUAACGGACAUGUACCUAAGCGAAAGUGCCAAUAAAGCCACGGGGGGCUCACUGUCCACGCAGACAUCCAGGGCCACAGCAGAGGGGGCCUACCAGCGCAAAGCAGAGCAGCUAAUGUCCGAUGAGAACUGCUUCAAGUUGAUGUUUAUAAAGAGCCGAGGAUCAGUCAGUCUGGCCAUGGAGCUGCUCGACACAGAAGAGGUGAACUCUGACGAGCCGGCAGAGGCAGAGAGAUGGUCAGACUACGUGGGCAGAUACCUGAACUCAGAUUCUGCAUCCCCAGAGCUGCGCGAGCAUCUGUCCCAGAAGCCGGUGUUCCUCCCCAGGAAUUUGAGGCGGAUCAGGAAGUGCCAGAGAGGAUGGGAGCAGCUGCAGCAGGAGAGAAUGAACAAGGUCCCCUCGGACAAGUUGCAGGUCGGCAACAGUGAGCUAAAGAUGGAAUGCAUGUUCAAGCUCAACUCCUACAAGAUGGUGUACGUCUGCAAGUCAGAGGACUAUAUGUACAGGCACACGGCACUCACACGGGCUCAUCAGUCUCAAGAGCGGGUCAACACGCGGCUGCACAGACGCUUUCACACCUGGCUGGACACCUGGGCCAAGGAGCACGUGACCAGUGACAUGGCUGCCGACAACCACAAGUGGCUGAUGGGAGAAAGACGAGAAGGCCUGUUGCCCUGCACCACCACUUGCAACCCUGAGGUCCUCCAUUAUAUCAACAUUAACAAGUACCGGGUGAAGUACAGAACACUGUAGUCUCUGUUUACUGAAAGAUAAACUGUGGCAGUGACUGUCUUCACGCAGCAGACCAGCAGUUACUUCAUUUACACAGUAGCUUCAUGCAGAUUUUUACAACCUGCUCUUACUGGAUUCCGUUGCCAAAAGUUUUGCAAAUGUGUCAGAAGUGAUUCAGGAACUUUGUCCAAACUUUUCAAGCGUACUCUGCGAGUUUUGUAAUAUAUGUGAAAAAGAGGAUUUGCAGGUGUUGCUGUCAGUAUAUUGAAAACAACCCACCUGUUGCAGAACUCCCACUAUUAAAGGGAUAGUUCAGAUCUUUUAAAGUUGGGGUUGUUUUGGGGGGUUCUUAUCCACAGUCAGUUUAUUACCUGCAGUAGAUUUUAGCUGGCACACUCUCAGUUGGGAGAAAUGUUGAGUGCUGUGAAGGGAGCGGCAACAAAACAUAUUUUACCACUGAAAAAAAUCAGAAUCAGUUAAAGUGUACAGUAUAUCUAGAAUAUUUUCACUGCUUUACCGAACAACCAGACCCAGUUUUCUAUAGUUAACUGAAGCCGUUUGUCACGGUCUUGAAAGUCAGACCCAAAUGAGAAAAACAGUGAUUUAACAUCAGCCCCUUUUAUGCUGCCUGUUCAAGGUGUGAAUAUUGCCCCAUUAUUCUGCCCCGUUCUGUAUAAACGGUAUGAUUGCAAAAUGGAAGGACAGAGUUGUCUCGCCUUUAAGCCAUUAGCAGAGGUAGUUACAUUGCCAAAUUGAUGUUUAUGUAAAAGGGACAGCCUGCAGCAUGGGUGUGAAGUUUUGACGACAUGUUAUGUCACUGCCAGGAGAGUUAAAAAGCAGCUAGCAGCAGUUAGCAGCUAACUCAAAGACGAAGAACAGCUGCCGAAAGCACUACCAACGCAUAUGUUAUACAUCACACUAGAGGCCGACGCAUUUGUGUUACACGUGAUGCCUGUCAUGCCUCUUUUCCAGCUUACAUAGGGCGAGAGGCAGGGUUCACCCUGGACAGGUCACCAGACUAUCACAGGGCUGACACACAGAGACAGACAACCAUUCACACUCACAUUCACACCUACGGACAAUUUAGAGUCACCAGUUAACCUGCAUGUCUUUAGACUGUGGGAGGAAUGGGGAGUACCCAGAGAAAACCCACGCUGACACAGGGAGAACAUGCAAACUCUGCACAGAAGGGCUCCCCCACCCCUGGUUCGAACCUGUGAGGCGACAAUGCUAACCACUGCCCCACCAUGCCGCCUGCUCCCGUGUUCAGCGAGCCAAAAUGGCUGUUUUUCUCAGCGGAGUCUGGCGGCUUUGACGAGCAUAAAUGGAGAGCACGUUUUGUUCCUGAUCGCCCGUCAACAGCACGUCCCAUAUUGGCACGCCUGCAUCUCUAAACCGGGAGCGUGCUGACAAGACAUCUACUAUAGGUAAUACUGACUAUACAUAAGAACCCAAUACAACCCCAGUUACACAGAGAAAACACUCCUGACUGCAUCUUCUCUUUGGAGCAAAUCCCAGUGUGAACAAACAAACAAAUGGUUCAGCAUUUCAUGACUAAAUCCAAACAGUGAAGUAAGAGUUUUUCCAGAUCACGUCAUUUUACAGGAAGUAAAAUCAAACCUCAGCUUUUCUUCUCAACAGCAACAUGUACCUGUUACUUCUGUUACAAUGUGUGCUGUCAGACUCGGAGUUUAAUCUGGCUUCCAGCUGUAAACUUGUAUAGCCUGUGAAUGUUUUGGUGGUAAAGGUGCAGUUAGGCACCAUAUACAUUAUAUAUAUAUAUAUAUAUAUAUAUUCAACAUCUCUGGUGACUGCUGGAUAGAUGCCUGGCAUCAGUACAAUGCCAGCGGUGUGUAUCGAGUACAGUAAUUUAUGACCGCCCAAACGCUUUGUGUAAAUAUGUUGUUUAUAUCUAGAUUUUUUUUUUUAUUAUUAUUAUUGAUGUGUAGCGUACAUUAACACACACAUAGUAUCGAUCUUUAGCUAGAGGUGGCAGAGAAAAUGCAAGAGUUUAACAGUUUUUUUACCAAAGGAUGUUUAAUUAGAGACCUUUUCGUUGGUGGUCUGCUGAACGUGUCGUUCCUAAAGUCUGUUUAGUAGAAAAAAGACCCAUUUUAUACGUGUUUUGACCCCUUUCUGCGCAUUUCUACCUUAAAGUCUUUGACAUCAGUGUCACUCGUGGUUAUAAGAUGAUUGAAUGUAGCUGAGCAGCAACUUCUCCUUUUUCAAAGUACAGUAUAUGUCCGUUUUUGUUUAAUUUCAAAGUACUGAAGUCUUAAACAGUACCAUCGACUUUUUCUUGUAUUUAACUUUUUCUUUUUCUUUACCAAAUGGUUACAAUCUGUACGACAGGUUCAACGUGUCACCUAUAAAAACUGUACAUGAGCUGUGUUUAUUUUUUAUGCCCAGUGUUGGUGACAAACACUGACUGAUGUAUAGUAGGUCUAUACGUGAAUGUCAGACAUGUGACUUGUGUACAGUGUAAGGAUUAAGAGAACAAGCAAGCAAUAAUAAUUCCUUUAGAUGCAGUUUAUCAAAGCUAUCAGUUUGUAUUUCUCGCCGAAAUACAAAUGUGAAUGUUGUAUUCCCUUUAAGAGAGGGAUGUAAACUAAGGAUUUUUAUCGCCUUUUCCCGUCUGCAGUUUGUUUAAUAAAACUGGAAUCGGCCCUGUAGAUAUUGUAGGUAAUGUUAGAGGGAGAUGGGAAGAUAUCCAUCACACUAAAUGCUGUAAAAUGUUACACAGUGGAAAUCGACAAUUAGCAACAGGCUUUUCUUCACAUUAACUUUCGGAAACCAGAUAUAAUUUUUCACAUGGAUCAUAACAUGGAAGCAAAAGAAAAAAUUAAUUAAGGGAUCUACCUGACUAAAUUUCAUCCUCCAUUUAAGGCAGAGGUCAGUAACAUAACCAGCUACAGACAAUCUUGGAACAGUUUAUUAACUUGGGUUUUUAUUUUUAUAUUUACUACUGUGUUUAAUAUGGAAAACCACAGCAAGUCCCGGGGAGACGAUUGUACAUAAAGACAUUGUUUGUACCUUGUUUUAAUGUGUCUCUUCUCUUGACUUUUAUGAUGUUGUACAUGAGUGUUAGUAUGGUGUUUGGCAUUAAACUAUCCUUUAAAUAGACAGAAACUCAGCUGACCACUUCUUUUAUUUGCUGCCAUCCUGUUUGUGUCAUACAGGCCACUUAGAAGAAUACUUCACUCACACAGUGACCCAAAGUGAGGAGCUGUGGACUGUAGUUAGUCUGAGUACCAUGAAUGGGAAUGAAUUUCAAUAUAAUAUAUUUGAUUAAGGCUUUUUUUGACUUGCUAAAUUUAUGGCAAGUCACUUUUUAGAAAUAAAGUUGCAAAGAGACAGAAAAGUUGACAAAUCGGGUGAGAAACUUGGCAACACUGUUAACAACAGCAAAACUAUAUCAUAACAUCUGUUCACACACACACACAACUCGUGCAGUUUCCCAAACACACAACACUAAAACAUUUUGACAUACGAGUAGUGCACCUGGGCAAGCACACGCAUUUGAACUCUUUUGAAUGCACACGCUUUUCUAGUCGUCCUCCUAGUCUGGGUGCGGACUAGCUAGCUACUGAAGAUAUAGCCUACUGAAUGUAUACACAUGCUGCUUUUGCUUUUUAAUGAUUGUAACAGUGAAACAACGAGUGAGCCUGCUGUACAGGAACCAGUGAAGGGAAGCAGGGAAACUUUGCUGAUACUCAACCAGCUGUUUGUCAUCACAGUGUGCGCAGAUGAACGUUGUUUGACAAAAGGCGAAAGGGUCCAGGUGCUGUUCAUCUGCGCACACUGCGAUGCCACACAGCUGGUUCAAUAUCAGCAAAGUUUCCCUUUAUAUUCAUUGUCUUGUGUGGCGAUCAGCAGUGAUGUGGUGGUUCACUUUUACACUGUGAUCUGUAGCCUAUAGUUCGGCUUUAGCUUCUAACUAUCUUUGUCUUUUUAACCUGUUGUUGCUGCUGAGUCAGUCUGACAUCCUGGAUAUAUCCUUCAAACACAGACUGUAGACCCCUCUGUCUGCUUCUCUCUGGAAUCACUCUUUCAUUUCUCCUAAAAUAUGAUAAUAUUUCUUUAGGGAGUGCAGUUAGUUACAGUGUGAACAGUGUGUAACAGGGCAGAAGUGUUUUAAAUCACACUGUUUUAGUGAAAACGCAUGUGUUUGGAAAGUACUGAACAUAUGACUGGAUAAAUGAGACUUUGAUUAAACUGCACAAGUUGUGUGAGAGUUUGUAAACAGAUCUUUUGAUAUAAUUUUGCUGCUGUAGGACUUGGUCCCCAAUGACUUCAUUUCAUUAAGAAUGUUUGUGUUCGUGGAUUCUCCGUACACCACAGAGGCAUGCAACAAAAGCGAAUUCUCUUCAGGAAUUAAA